AUUCUUACCAAGGACUCAGUGACUGUAUCAGUUGAUGCUGUUAUUUACUACAAAGUAUAUGACGCAAUGAUCUCGGUGGCUAAUGUGGAAAACGCUCACCAUUCUACACGUCUCCUAGCCCAGACAACUCUACGAAAUGUGCUAGGAACAAAACGACUCUCAGAAAUCCUCUCUGAAAGAGAUGUUAUCAGUUCUUCAAUGCAGAGUGUGCUGGACGACGCAACAGAAGCCUGGGGAAUCAAAGUAGAAAGAGUUGAGAUAAAAGAUGUUCGUCUUCCAGUGCAACUUCAGAGGGCCAUGGCCGCAGAAGCGGAGGCAACUCGCGAAGCCCGCGCUAAAGUAGGCAGUUUACCAUUAUAA